AUGCAGGUAGCAGAAAUACUGUCUGAUAUUACCUCGCUACGAGUGUGUGGGUACAAUGAGGCUCUUGCACUUGUGAAUGGCCCAGCGGCUGCAGCCAAAAACGCGUCUUCUGAAAACGCCCCGGUCGCCACAUCCGAUAGCCAAGUCAUUAAGCAGGAAAGCUUGCAGCGCGCCAAAGAGCUCGUGCAGCUACAUUCCGAAAUGAAUUCCCGACAUGCCAACGGCGAAAUAGAUGACGAGUUACGUCAAGCUAGGGAGGACGUGUAUCGAGUUCUGAGGGAGCUGGCAUGA